AUGGCCAUACCUACGCUCAGGCGACUGCUCAGGAAGAACGAACUCUUGCAUGCUGUCUCGGAGGCUGGGGUCAAGGCAAUCGAUCUCAUCUACGCUGAGGAAUCGUUUGCUCUGGAGGAGAACAAGAUCUCCAUUGCUAUGGAUAUUCUCGUCAAGAAGGCCUCUCUGUCAGCCACAGACUGA